UUUGCAAUUUUGGCGCACAGGUGAUUUCGCUUGAACACGAGUACAGUAGUAUGUAGUGUUUCGCCUGGAGGCACAUGCGACCUUUUACCUAUCCUGCCGUCAACAUGGUAACCCGUUUCAUGGGAGAGUAGCGAGAAGGAAUUAACUUUGUUUUCAAUCAUGUAACGAUUAAUGUGUCCAUUCCACCAUGAUUUUGCUUGGAGGCAAAAAUGAUUUUACCAGCUUACAAAUGCCAAGGGGAGUAGCAUGAAAUUGGAACGAAGUUUUUGAGAAAUAUGUAUUAUGUACGUCAUCUUUUGAGUGUUCGUUUCUGUGUUGGCACAAUGAAAGACAUGUUCUUUACUUGCUUUCGAGUUUUAGGGUCUACGUUACUUUGUUUCAGCGACUGUAGCCUUCUUCCCAACCAGUAUAUCUCUAUUAGUUGACUGCUGAAAGGAAAUAAAAGGCGAGUUGUGGAAUACAGAAGAUCGUGAGAAUGACAAAGUUUUGGAUGUUUGAAGGUUUGCACGGUGGCAUGUACAAUAUUGACAAAGUUUUGUUUUAAUAUUAGAACAUGAAAUCAUGUAAGGAACCUGGUAACAGAUUUGUGAAUCAAGGAGCCAGCUAGUGUCUGCGGAUAUCAUUGGAUCAAAUACUGCGAAAUUAGGAUUACCUGAAAACCAGCAAAAAAUUCGAAAAGUUAUACAUGUGACACUGCAUUAAACAAACCUUUUUGGUCAAGUUCAACCAGUAUCCGUGGACUACUUCUAGGAGGCGAUCCCAGAAAUGCACCUAAUCCUCUCUAAAUAGGAUAUAAUUAGGUAUACAAUCGGAUAACCUCAAGGAGGACUAGUUAAUCAUGCUUCAGUGAUAUUCGAGAUCUGUCGAUCGAUCAGGAAUCAUGGAUUUACUCGUACACAUCGUUGCAAUACUAACCGUCGUGCAAUCAACAUGGUCGUCACCUCAAACCAGCACAGCGCCACCUAUCGGCAGCCUGAGCCUAAGAUACACGAACACAAGUACUACAAAAGCAACUGAAAUUAGAACUGAGUUCCCAGUCAGUAGUCCUUCCCAAAUAACAGUUAGCAGCGUUGACACGAACCUUGGGACUACAUCGUUGUUACUGAUGGAAACUUCAAAGGCACAUUCCGAGCAAAACUUUACAAAAAGCAGUAGCGAUGUUUUAAAUACAACAAAUUCACCAGCCAGUUCAUCGACUUUACAAUCUAUUGUUAGUGCAUCCCAAAUGGAUCAAACAAGGACUACAGUCGUAAGGACAGAUCUCGGAAACGGGUCGACGCCAAGCCCUGAUAAUAUCAGUGGAUUGGCUGACACUUCAGCCACUUCAGGAACGUCCUUCACCACAGGCAUCACACCAAGUUAUAUACCAUCUAAGAAAGUGACGCAGGUUACUUCAGAGGACCAUUCUGGAGCAACUGGUCCUGUAGAUAAUAUCAGCGAGGGACCUAUUACUUCAAGUAGUCCAGAGCCGUCUGGCACCACAGUGGUCUCACCAAGUUAUGUGCCACCUAAGGAAGUGACACGAUUUACUUCAGAGGAUAAUUCUAAAACCCCCAGUCCUGUUGAUAAUGUUAGCCAAGGGUCUAUUACUUCAAGCAGUCCAAUGCCAUCAAUUACCACAAGGGUCUCAUCGAGGUAUAUUCCUUCUGAGGAAAUGCUUGAGGUUACUUCAGAAAACCAUUCCAAAACACCUAUUCCUGGAGAUAUCACCCGUCAAGUGGAUGUAAUUGCAAACAAUUCAGAGACACCCGAUCCCACAGUGCUCUCAUCGAGUUCUGUUCCAUCUGAGGAAGUGCUUCAGACUACUCCCAAGGACCAGUCUAAAUCCCCUAUCCCUGGAGAGCCUGGACUGCGAUCCUCGCCAAGGGUUGCCUCAGAGUAUAUUAUCACCUCGAUACAUGGUGUGACAGAAAGUGAUAUUGUUUCUAACUCAAGUGCAACUACUGACGCCGAUGUUGCCACAUAUUCUUCAACAUCAGUGGCAGUUCUUUUGACCACCAUAGGAGAGUUAGAUACUGUAUCGGAAACGCAAACUCGAUUACCUGAUGCAACCGUUUUGAAACCUACAACACUCAGACAAAUUGUAACCACUAAACAACCAGAUUUAUUUACGACUGUGAGUCAAGUAGAAACAACAGAAGCAGUAAGUGUCGAAUCGCUAGUCACUGGAUUUCCUGAGGUUACCGACUUGUCAACUGAGAUUUCGAAUACGGAAGUUUAUCAAACAAUGCAAACAUCCGCACCAAGUGCACAAUCCACAGUCUUGCCAACUGAGCAGCAGCCCUUGGAAAUAUCAACCAUGUCCGAUGGAGGUACUGAUGGGACGCCCUCUACGUUUGACCCUGUCAGUCUUGAACCAACUACGCAGGUAGACGAGCCGUCCUUCAAUACGACCGACGCGAGCAAUGUACCGACGACCACAGAAUAUCCGCUGGAGGUAGGUAGCAUUGGGGUUGUUACCGAAGCAGCAACACAGUUAGGCAUGACCGAUGAAACCGUUCCUGGCACCGAUAUGGACAUGGAAACUGAUCUCAUGACGGACAUGACUGAUGUAGCAGAAGGAACUGCUCCUUUAGAGCUUUGGACACAAGAAACAUCAUCAUCUGAAGAGAUGGAAUUCGUUGGCACUGACAAUACGUCAACCGAAUCAAUGAUAUACACGGAGGCUACUACAACUAUUGAAACACCAGCUGUUCCGGCUCCUUGUCUCUGCGAGGUUGAAACCGCCCUGUUGUCCGCGAGUGUGUGUCUCUGCAACACAUCCCUUGCUCUCUCCAACUUCACCUACCACGCCCACCUGGUCCGGCGUAACCAUGACAACAUGACCCAUCCCGAGACCCAGGUGCAUUCCUCCCUCAUCUCCUCCGGUUCGGGAUGUUGGAACAUCAGUGUUCCUCUAGGGGGCUCGUACAGGUUGGUGGUCACGGCUGAGGAUGGAUUAGGAAACAUCGCAAGUACUCCUUCAGCUUACUUCAUUAGUGGUCUAAUGCCGCCUUUCCUUUCCGUGAAGAAGGUACCAGGAGCCAUGCCCUCGCUUGAACUGUUCUGGCAGUUCCCGUACCCGACGUACGUGGAUUACGUCACAAUUUAUCGCAGCAGGGACAACGCGCCAGCGACAGAGCUCACGUGGAUGCGCGUCGACGAUGUGCGCACCACCGGACAAUUCACGUUCGUGACCAGUGGUCUUGGGUCCAUGUAUUCAGUGGCGGUGAAGGUUAACAGUGGGGCAGACGUCGUGUGGUCAAACUUCGAUUCUGUUGUUUUGCCGCCUCCACAUCCUGAGCAAGUCGGAGUAGCCAGUGUCACACCGGAGCUCCUCACUGUACAUUGGCCUCACGACACCACGUCAUGCCGUGGCAACUGUAGCUACCUCGUCCGAUACCAACAGACGUCCCCAUACCGCUACAACUCCUACCCAAUCCGGGAGCGUCACAUCUUUUGCCCGAAUCUCCUGCCUGCCCAACCCGCUCGCAGUACUAACCCCAGCUCAAUAAGCACCUGCACGGCAUACUUUCGUGAUCUGAUCCCUGGUGCUUUAUACGACAUAGACGUCUACGCGUCAAGUUAUAAUGUGCUCAGUGUAACAGCUGCGCAACUACGUCAGAGAAUACCCCCUACUCCUCCUGUGAACGUCACAGUCACAAACGUUACCGAGCAAUCCAUCACCAUAACAUGGCUGCCUGGCCCUGGCUACAGGACACGGUAUCACCUACAUGCUUUCGCGCCGAGCUACAAUGAAGAGGUUGGUCAAGUCCAUGGUGACGUCACAGAAUUUACAUUCCAUAAUCUCCUGGCGGGAACGAGAUACAUCAUCAGCAUAAGAGCGAGCGCAAACUCAACAGAAGGAGAGAUGGUCCUGGUAGGGGAGACUACAUCACCAACAAGGCCAGGACCAGUGGAACGACUUAGAUUGGAACCCCAGAUUGAUCACCGCCGGAUAAGACUGUCCUUCAUGUCCCCUAUGUGGCAUAAUGGGGUUCUUGAAGGGUACCAGGUGGAAUACAUUGGCCAUAGAAGUGGAAAUCGAACUUGUAACAGAGGCGAGAAGUACUUACCUGUUGCCGAGACGUCGGUUGUUAUUGAGGGACUAAAAGGCGGAUGCAACUAUACAUUUACGGUGAAAGCUCGGAAUGAGGUCGGACUCGGAGCAGGUGUUUCUGAUUGGAUUCUAACUGCAGUAACCAUUCCACAGGUCCCGGAUACGAGACCCCCACCUCCACCAAGCAAGACUAUCAAAUCAAGAAAUUUUGUCGUCAACUUUGACCCCUCUAUGUUUGAUGACGUCAACGGUGAAAUAACCCACGUCGUAGUCAUUGUUGCAGAAUCAAGUGCUGCUAAUGAGCCCACUCAGAGUAACAGUACUCCACCAAGGAUGCUCACUUGGGCAGAGGCUAUUUCUAAUGACGUUAUCCCUCCUUAUCAAAUCAGUGAUCCCAUAGCUCUGAGUGAUCUUGUGCAAGAUACACGUCGAAAAAGAAGUGUUGCAGACCCAACACAGACUGCACCUACCACUACACAGAUAUCCAUUGGUACAGAGGAGUGUUCAUAUGACAAAAAGGACGUGUACUGUAAUGGACCACUCAUCCAUGGAAGGUCUUAUGUAUAUCGUUUCCGUGGAAUAUCGCCAGGUGGUUAUGCAGACACAAGGAACUCGCUCCCAGUCUCAUUACCUGUUAGUCCACAUGGCGUGAUCAUUGGCAUAAGUACGGCUCUGUUUUCCCUGCUGGUCAUCGUAAUCAUUCUCUCUAUCGUCGUCAUUGUCAGGAAGUUCAGAGUUCAGAAAUGUCUGCGAGUUGUCCUCCAAUGCAAGCACAGACUGGAUGGUAGAGGUCGUUAUCUCCCGGCAAACAUGAAGGAUGUGGAGUUAACCCGUGUUGCAAACAAUACUCACACAAUGUCAAAACAAAAAUAUUCCAGACCUGUUCGUGUGAGUGACUUUACCCGUGACUGGUUUAGCAUGAAUGCAGAUAGCAACUAUGGUUACUCACAAGAAUAUGAAGCUAUUCGUAAAGUAGGACGGAAGAUGACAACGAACACCGCAGUCUCUCCAGCAAACGUGGGCAAAAAUCGCUACACCAAUAUUCUACCAUAUGAUCGUACAAGGGUGAAACUGAGUCCUGUUGAUGAUGAGGAAGGAUCUGAUUAUGUCAACGCAAACUAUAUACCAGGUUUCUCUUCACCGCGUGAAUACAUCGCUUGCCAAGGGCCACUCCCAGGCACCUCGGACGAUAUGUGGAGAAUGAUCUGGGAACAAAAUGUCACCACGGUCGUCAUGGUAACGCAACUGGUAGAGAAGGGCAAGGUAAAAUGUGACCAGUACUGGCCAGAUGACCACAUGCCUGUCUUGUAUGGUGACAUCCAGGUCACAAUGAACCAAACCAUCGAAGAAAAUGAUUGGAAUAUCAAAGAAUUCGCUGUUCAACAGAGAGACCAGCGGCGUUAUGUUCGACACUGGAACUUUCUCUCCUGGCCCGACCAUGGAGUACCAGAGUCAAGUCAAGCUCUUCUAGCGUUCAUCAGGAAGAUCAGAAGCACUAAACCACCCUCUAGUGCUCCUAUAGCGGUUCAUUGUAGUGCUGGUGUAGGACGUACCGGAACCUUCAUAGUCCUAGAUCACAUGUUACAACACAUGGAACAGUAUGACUUUGUUGAUGUCAUGGGUGUGGUCUGCGGGAUGAGGAUGCAUCGGAACUUCAUGGUCCAAACAGAGCAACAGUACGUUUUCAUUCAUCGGUGUCUGAUGGAUGUAAUAGAGGAGAGAGGCCUAGCACCUGUACCCCUGAUGAGUGGGAGCUUACCCUAAGAGGGGGGCAGAGUCGCACCCCUCCAACCCACUUCCCUCUGGUACUCAAAUCAUCUUAUCCGUAGACUCCAUCUCGUGUAGAUGUGAACUCGGACACCCAUGGGGUGAAACAUUUUUUUAUAUUGUAUGUAAAAAAAAUAUGUAUUUAAAUAAACAUGACCUUAAAAAGUUCAAAUUAUCGCAUUUUUAGCAGGAUAUAAGAUAUCCUUCUCUAUAUUUUGUUUCCC